GGAGAAGAGUGCGUGGAUAAGAUCUCAUCCCCGACAGAAGCCAAGCCACUUGACCGCAGUUACGGUUGAAGGCGAACGGAGAGAUGCAAGGCCAGCGACGGGGGAACGACCAAAGUUCAGUAUCUACCCCCGCGCGGCGUCACCUCGAGGUUCCAAGACCCAGUCUACCAACACAUGAAGGUUGUAUUAAUGUGUUGCCUGAGGGGGGGCAAUUGCGAAGCAGGGGAUGCGACAUCUAGGGACACUAUCACGAAAGGUGGAGGGCAAAGCAUCACUCUAUGGCAGAAGAGUCAAGACUCGUGUAGCAAAACGUGGCAAAACCCUUGACAAAACUGCAUUUGGUCGCAGAUUUGAGCGGCUAGCCAACCCUACGAGUUUGU